AUGGAUAGUGAUAAACAUAAAUCGAUAGAUGGAAGUGAUGAAAGUGAUUCGGAAAUCAUACGUAAAUGUGAAUUAGAACUAAGCCAAAUUGAGGAUCGAAGAAUCACUCGUGAAUCUGAAAUGGAACAUGCAAACGCUGGGUUCACAACUCGAAAGCCUGAAGUGAGAUCGGAGAAGAGAAAAGCAUGUGAAGAAGAUACAAACAGCGAAGAUGGUUAUGUGACAGUUGAAAAAAGAAGACCGAAACGUCUCUUAAGAAGUAUUUCAACAGGACAGGGUCAAAAUACAACAUCGAAAGAAAUCGGAUCUAAAUAUGAGGUUUGUGUUACAUCAUUUAAAGAAUUACCAAAGCAAAUGGCGUUAGCUAAAGUAUUAAGAAGUGAGAAUAUUCUGAAUAUUGAAACAAUCAAAUAUAAGUCCCCUUUCAAAGUUUUGAUUUGCUUUCAAAGUAAUAAUGAUGCGGAAAAAUUAAUAAGUUGUAAAAAAUUUCAAGAAUUAGAGUACAAAUGUCAAAAAACUUUUGAAACCACGGUUUCUUAUGGAUUGAUUAGAGGUGUGGAUUUGAAGUUUACAGAACAAGAUAUUUUAGCAAUUUUGAAAAGUGAUACCAAAAUAUUGGCGGUAAGACGACUUAAACGACUUGAUUUAAAUAGCAAGUGGGUCGAAAGUGAAACUGUAAGGAUAUGCUUUCAAAGCACUGUUUUACCUCUUUAUGUCACGGCAUAUGAGUAUAAAUUUAAAGUGGAAAACUACACUUUUCCAGUAACACAAUGUACCGGAUGCUGGAAAUUCGGACAUAUUAUUAAAGUAUGCCCGACUAAAAAAAUUUUAUGUCCUAAAUGUGGUAGUACGGAACACAUAAACUGUGAUCUAAAAACAUACAAGUGCCUCAAUUGUAAAGGAUUACAUUUCGUUUUAGAUAAAAGAUGUCCUACGUAUCUCAAAGAAAAAGAAAUACGUAUCACUAUGAGUAAGGAAAAUAUACCUUAUAGAAAAGCUCUUCAGAUGAUUAUAAAUAAAAAUCAAAUAGAAAUGAGCAAUAACUUAAAUAUACACUCUAAAGAUACUGUUACGCGCUCCAGUCAACGAUACACUAGCGCCAUCUAG